UCAACAACAUUCACUUCUCAGAGCUCGACUUGAGCAGACGGAGCCUGAAGAUAUCGCGAAAAAAUAUUAAAUAAUCACCAAGAACAAGAAGUGAAACUGACAGAAGUGCGUUUUGCUCAUAAAAUCGCAUAAGUUGUUGAAAUUUUUUUGUGAUACAAACUGUCUAACUGAAAAAUAAAAUAGAUUGAGCCGAAAAAGCCAAAGAACGCGACCGACAGAAACAAAAAUAAAACGCGUCUAGCCGAACAGCUGUUCCGCGUCUGCAACUCGCUCUCCAACGCCCACUCGCGCGCGCACUCUCCACAUUCAGCGGAGCUCGCUCUCGCCCCACCAGCACGAACCAGCGCCAGCACUCAGCCCCAGCAGCGGAGCAGCAUUAACAGUUUUGAAAUUUGAAAUUUUGUUAUCGCGCAAAACUGAAAUCGCUGGUCACCGCGGACGGACGUGUGCGGAACUCUCUGCUCUUGUCGUGCGAAGAACGGAAUAGAAGGAACCGACCUAGUACCGAUCGAAAUCGAAAGGCAGACCAAGGAGUAGAAGAAAGUUACAUAGCUGUUGGCCAGCCAGCGAAAGCGAUUGCGAUUACGGAUCGAAUGCGAAUUAAACGGAUCGCGGCUUAAAGACUGAAAAACACACGUGGAUUGUUCGUUCACACACCCUCUCACACCCCCAAAACACUUAGCCACUCACACACAAAAAACGGAAACGGCAGCUAUAACUACUGUUCGCUGCAUUUAUAAAAACAAAGACUGAUUAAAACGCUAAAUAUUUACAAUAAACGAAACAAAGUUAAACACGCGAACAGCAAGCUAAAAUACAAUACGGGUUUAAAGCGAAUUCCAAAGCAAAAACAUAUGGAUUAAGGUUCCUCCUCUCAAGCAGAAAAGUAAAAUCGAAAAAAGUUAUAAAACUCACACACACUCACGGAUUACCUGCAGCAGCAAUUUACCGUUAGCCGCUCUUUUUGGAUUACCAGUGCCAAAAAUAAAAAUAUAAAAUAAAUUAUAAAAAACAAAACACAAGCAAAAAAAAAGUGAAUUUGAAAAUUUGUAUUUUUUCGAAAGUGAGAAAAGAAGCUAAACAGCAAAAGCAAACCCUACAAAAUGCAAAAAUUCUAAACGAAGCGACAAAGCAACCAAAAGCGAUUUCUGUGUUACAUCGACAAGAAGCUUAAAAGCAGCUACUAGCACUCAGCAAUGACGAUGGCCGCUUGCUACGCCAACUACGACAUGUCGUCCCUAUCGCACGGCAUGUCCGCCCUUUCGGCCCUGCAGCAGCAGCAGCAACAGCAGCAGCAGCAGCAGCACAGCCAGGCGCAACAGCAACAGCAGCAGCAGCAGCAACAACACCAUCAUCAGCAACAACAGCAGCAGCACAUGUACCACGCUGCAGUGGCUGCCCACCAGCAGCAGUUGUUGCAACAGCAGCAGCAGCAGCAACAACAGCAACAGCAGCAGCACCACCGCCAGCAGCAACAUCACCAGCAGCAACAACAGCCCGCCUCCAACUCUCGCCACAGCCAUGCGGCGGCGGCCCAAACGCAGGUCGCCGCCGCGGUUGCCAGCAGCAGACAACAACAACAACAGCAGCAGCAGAGCGCCAAUGCCAACAGCAGCAACAGCGGCAACACGGCGCCCGCCGCCUCGCCACAGAAGGACUACAGCAUCCCGUUGCACGUUGACUGCAGCGUGGAGUACGAGCUGCCCAACCAGCCAAAGCCGCCGGCGGGACAGCGCGUGGAGCCACUGCUGAUGAUCCACCCGUGCUACUUCCGCAAGAUGGAGUCACAGCGGCGCAGUCCAUUUGUGAACAACAUGCAGGCGACGGCCAGGGCGGUCAGCAGCAGUGCCCUGAGCAGCGGCGCCGCCCUGGGAGGAGGUGGCAGUGGAGCGGCGGUGGCCUCGGCCCCCAGCAGCAGCGCGGCAAGACGCGGCGCCCGCCAGACCGUCGCCCAGCAGCAGCAGCAGCACAGCCAGGCGCAACAGCGACAGGUGUACCAGCAGCAGCAGCAGCAAAUGCGGCAGCAGCAUCAGCAAAUGUCGCAGAUGUCGCAGCAGGCACACUAUCCUGUGCAGCAGCAGCAGUCUAGUCUGGAGCACGUGCGCCGUCAGCACAGCCACAGCCAGGCGCAGCAGCAGCAUCAGCAGCAGCGCGCCAGCAGCAACCAAAGUCGCCAAAGCCAAAGCCAAAGUCAGAGCCAUGCAGCCACCUCAGCGGCGGCAGCGGCCGCGGUCCAAGCCCAAGCCCAGGCCUCGAUAGCCGCCGCGGCCGCCGGCCAAUGGGACCAGCUAGCCGCGGCGCUGGCCGCCCGCACCGCCCUCACACCGCACCACAUGUUGGCCGCCCACCCGCACCAUCCUCCGGCCCAGUCGCUGUACGCCGCCAAGGGCAGCGGGGGCAACAGCAGCAGCAGUGCCGCCGCCUCCGGCAAACGGGACGCCAUGAUCUCCGGCAGCAACUACGGACAGACGGCGGCCUCCGGCGGCAAGCUGCAAGCACAGCAGCAGGCCCAGCAGCAGCAGCAACAGCAGCAGCACUGCCUGCCGCCACCCUGGGAGGCGACGUCCAUGCUGAUGGAUCGGUCGCCAAUGGCCACAGUUCCUAGUAAUUAUCAGGCCGGCCCUGACACCAAUCCGAUGCGCCUGUACUCUGCCACGCCCGCGACAGGGGCGGCAACAGGAGCGGCGGGUUCGUCGGCGGGCGGCGGCGGCGGUGGAAGCAGCGGUGGAGCGUCAACGGCUACGGACAAGCUGAGCGGCAAGUACCGGCAGUACUUGCGGUCGCAGCGGAUGCAUCCAUAUGCUUCGCUCAAUCUGGCAGCCGCCGCCGCUGCCGCCGGCAACUUGGGUCAGACAUCGUUUGUGCCCUUCAGCUCGGCGGCCACGGCGGUGGCGGCCACGCCCACAUUCCAGCAUCUGCCGCAGAUCUCCUGCUACAACGUGUGAUCAUCAGGACAGGAGAGAUCCGCAGGACAAAGGCAACAGCAACAUAAGCAGCAGCCGAAGCAGAAGCAGAAGCAGUCGCACCAGCAGCAGCAGCAACAUUAGCAACAGCAACGUGCAACAUGCAACAUGCAACAUGCAACUGAGACAGGCGCCUACAAAGUACGCGUCGAUGAAAUAGCCGCCUCAAGGAAUAACCAAUAGAUCCUCCCCGUAAACAGUAAUCCCCAAAAAAUAUAUACGCCCCCUCAAAGCUUUUAGAAUCAAAAAGAUCAAGAAGAAUAAUUAACUCUAAAAAUAUUAAGAACGAAAAUUGAAUUCUGUUUAGCUGCUACGAGUAAUUGUUGUCACGAUGAGAGAAGAGAAAACGAGCGAUCCUUUUUUCUUUUUAGUAAUGGUAGUAAUUGAUAAACGAAACAAAAACAAACAACAAAAAAAUGCAAACUAUUGUAGUGAUAUUUGUUAUAAAAUAAUUUUAGUAAUUAAUUUAAUUUAAAUUAAACAACAACAAAAGAAGCAAGAAAAUGCAGAAAACAAGAAGCUCUGUGUAACCAACCAACAGAAACAAGGCAAACAGUAAACAGUAAACAGUAAACAGCAAACAAACAACAUAAACAUGAUCAGUAAAAAAUAACAUCCAAACAAAAACAACAAACAACUGCUAAAAAUUACACUUACGCAUAUUCAAAUUGAAAUUCAGCAAAAUGUUAUAACGAACCAUUAUUGAAAGAAUACCACAAAUAUGAAAAGUAAAAAUUAUUACCGAAUGAAUGAGAGAGAAAAUAGAAAUCAACAUAAAACCAACACAAAAAAAACAAAAACAAAUAUGAAUAAAAUUAUUCAAAAUUAUGCAACGUAAUUUGAAGCGAGAUAUGCAAAAAAUUAA